AUGGAAGUCGGCAUAAUCGGUUCUGGAAUCAUCGGGCUCACGUCUGCUCUCGCCCUCGUCGAUGCUGGGUACUCUGUGACCAUCGUCGCCCGUGAUCUACCCGGAGACGAUUCAUCUCAGCAGUGGGCAAGCCCUUGGGCUGGUGCUGGCAUUCUUCCCCACCCAGACUACAAAGGACAUGAUUUGCAGACUGAGAGUUUCAAGUUUUACUGGGCACUCGCCCAUUGUGAUCCGACAAGUGGAGUGCAGGUGGUAGAUGUAACUGAGUACUAUGAUGACCGGGAUGAUGAUUCUACUAUCUGGUACAAACGCAUGGCCCCAAAAUAUCGUCGUCUGUCUUCAAAAGAUCUCCCGGCAAACGCCAAAAUCGGAUUCAAAUAUCAGUCAAUGACGGUCAACCCAGCUGUGUUCUUGCCUUGGAUCAAGGCCAUACUUGAUAAGAAAAGAGUUCGUUUCAUCCGCGCUGAAGUCAAGUCUUUAGCCGAGGCUAGAUCAAUUCUCCAGACAAAGGUCAUCGUCAAUGCUUCUGGCCUGGGAGCUUUCGAUCUUGCUAAUGACGACAAGGUAGUUGCUGUUCGAGGCCAGACAAUGCUUGUUGAAAGCGAUUCCCACGAGAUGGUGAUGUUCCAGGGCUCUCAUUACACAUACCAGAUUCCGCGGAUGUACAGUGGCGGCGUGAUAGUUGGCGGAGUCAGUCAGCCUGGGAACAUGGAUCAGGAAGUCGACCCUGAAGUACGGUCAGAUAUUUUGCGACGAAUGAAUCUCCUCUUAAACGACCAAUAUCAGGAUGUGGACCUGGACAAGCAUGUCAUGAAGGACUUGGUUGGGUUUCGACCGAGCAGAGAAGGUGGAUAUCGACUGGAACGGGAGGAUGAUGUGAUUCAUGCUUAUGGCUUUAACACUCUUGGAUAUACAUAUAGCUAUGGUGUGGCUUUGAAGGUUCGAGAUCUGGUCAGGUCCUCAACAGAUGAGAAAGGGGUCGUGCGGAGCAAACUUUGA